GCUUGACUACACCACGUGAUAGUUUGGAAUUAUGGUAACACCUAGAAAGGGAUCACUGUGGGAUGCCCGAAAGUUUUCUCUUCCGAGUCGUCCAGGUGCCUUUCUGAGACGACAUUCAGUUGACCCGGACAGACGAAGAGGAUCGUUAGGUCAAAGGUCAUUGGAUGGUUCUGAUCACCAUACCGUAUUGAUUCACAGAACGGAUUCUCGGAGUCUCUCAACUGAUCCUCUUUGUGCUAAAAUUGACAUCGAAGAUUUGGGUGAAGAUGAAAACUUGAUCUAUUUGAAGUUUUUCCAGCAUUUUCGCUGCUAUGAUAUCAUUCCUAUUAGUGCCAAGUUAGUUGUCUUUGACACCCAGUUGCUGGUAAGUUAG